CGCUAGAUGGAGAAACCUAAAGGGUGGACUCGUUAUAAAUAAUUAAAAAUCAUUUGCUGCUAACAUAUCCACAGAAUGCAUCUGCACCAGGUGCUGACGGGGGCGGUGAACCCGGGAGACUGCUGCUACUCGGUGGGAAGCGUCAAUGACAUUCCCUUCACGGCCUACGGUUCGGGCUGUGACGUCGUGAUCUUGGCCAGCGAUUUUGAGUGUGUGCAGAUCAUCCCCGGAGCUCAGAACGGGAACAUCCAGGUGGGCUGCGUGGAGUGCUCCCACCAACUCGGAAGGAUCGCUGCCUCUUACGGAAACACAGUCUGUAUCUUUGAGCCUCUCUUGACCAACCCAAACAAACGCCACAAGCUUAACUAUCAGUGGCAAAAGACUGGACAGUUCUUCCUUGAUGCCAUCACCUACAACCUGGCCUGGGACCCUCAAGGGAACCGUAUCCUCGCGGCCACAGAGCGGCUCCAGCUGUGGGCCCCUCCCCCCUCGGACGCCCUGAUCGAGGAGGAGGACGGACAGAGCACAGACGACAAGCACCACCCCGUCCUCAACGACUGGACCUGCGUGUGGCAGUGCAAAACUGCUGCAUCUAUUCAUAUCGCCAAGUGGUCUCCAGAUGGGGAGUACUUUGCUACUGUUGGAAAGGAUGACUGUUUACUCAAAGUGUGGUACCCCUCCACCGGGUGGCGCUCCGCUGUGGUGGUCCAGGACCCGUCUGAUAAGAAGGCUCUCCCCGUGCACUUCUCUUUUGUCUAUUUGGCCCAUCCCCGAUCGGUCACCGGGAUGUCCUGGAGGAAGACGAGCAAGUUUAUGCUCAAGGGCUCUGUUUGCAAUGUUCUGCUGACAUCGUGUGAAGAUGGAGUUUGCCGACUCUGGUCCGAGACCCUGUUGCCAGAGGAUAGUCUGCUCGGGGGGCAGAUAUCUGAGAACUCACAGUCCUUCAGCUCCAGUCUGCCAGGGUUCGGAGGGAAGGACAAAAUACAGCAUGCCUUGGAGUCGAUCCAUCACUUGAAGCACUUGCGCAGAGGCCGGAGGCGGUCCUCUGCUCUGGUGACCCACAGUGAGCUGCUGCCGUCUCAGGCCGGCACCCACGACCCGCACACGCACAGGCACCUGGUUCACCACGGCAACGCCCUCUGCCACUUUCACAUCUCCGCCAGUAUUAACCCCAACACAGAUAUUCCUUCCCUGGCCGAUGCUGCAGCGUUUAACUCCGACGACGGCUCUGGGGGCGGGGGCUUCGUGGUGCAUUGGCUCAACAAUAAGGACCUAAGCUUCACCUCUUCUAUGGACCUCUUUAUGCUGCAACUCCGCAAGUUCACAGAGCAACAACUAGAACAAGCCACAGACGAUCCGAUAGACCCCGACGGAUCCCCUAUGAAAUUUGAAUUUGACCUGGAUGAGAUGUCCGACAAAGCCUCCUCUGAGCACGGAGAGGAGGCAGAGCCAGGGGAGCAGGGGAGCACCAAAGCCUCCUCCCCAGGCUCCAGCUCCAGCCUGCCCCUACCCUCCAUGCUCCUGGAGAGGAAGAUGGAGACGCUGAUGACAGACUGGAACAAAAGCCCCGACAUGCUGUUUACCAUUCACCCGGUGGACGGCUCCUUCCUGGUGUGGCACGUCAAGUAUCUGGACGAGUUUAACCAGGGAAUUUUCAGACAGGUUCAGGUCUCCUUCUCUUCUCGCAUUCCUGUGGCGUUUCCCACCGGCGACGCCAACUCUCUCAGUAAAAAUAUUCUGAUGUACGCCUACACGCUGACAGAGGGGGAGAGCGGCGGGACCGGCGAGCAGACGAGGAGCACGCAGCCCCUCGCCCGCUCCGCCUCCGCCUCGGCUGGACUCACUUCACUGGGCAUGAACCCCUCCUCCGGGUCCCAGCCCAUCACCAGCCCCGCGGUCAUGAUGGUCUCCAAGCACGUGGACGGGUCCCUCAACCAGUGGGCGGUGACGUUUGCGGAGCGCUCGGCCUUCUCAAACGUCCUCAACGUGUCUCAUAAGUUCCGUUACUGCGGUCACCGCUUCCACCUGAACGACCAGUCCUGCCACACAGUGCUCCCCCUGCUGCUCACCUCCUCACAUCACAACGCACUGCUGACUCCGCCCUCCGCACCCGGCAGCAUGGAGGGCGAGCAACCACCGCCCACCCUACCCUUACCCAAAGGACUGCCCAGGAAGCAGCUUCGUAACGCAGCCACCCGCACCUUCCACGACCCCAACGCCAUCUACAGUGAGCUGAUCCUGUGGAGGGUGGACCACAUCGGACCCCUGUCCUGCACCGGCGGGGUCUCCGAACUCGCACGCAUCAACUCUCUCCACACCUCCGCCUUCAGCAACGUGGCGUGGCUACCCACUCUCGUCCCCAGCACAGUCCUUGGGACUUACUGUAACAGCGCCAGUGCCUGCUUCGUAGCUUCAGAUGGAAAAAAUCUCCGCCUUUAUCAAGCUGUGGUGGAUGCCAGGAAACUCCUCGAUGAGCUGUCGGAUCCGGAAACCUCUAAACUGGUGGGCGAAGUGUUCAACAUCGUGAGCCAACAGUCUACAGCCAGGCCUGGGUGUAUCAUCGAGCUGGACGUCAUUACCAACCAGUGUGGAUCCAACACUCAGCUGCUCCACGUCUUCCAAGAGGACUUCAUUCUCGGAUACAAACCUCCAAAAACAUCUGAAGUGACACCGCCAACAUUUGGUGAUGGAGAUUACCAGCCUCCUCCAUUUUCCGAGAAGUUUUUCCUGGUUGUGAUUGAAAAGGAUUUGAACAGGAAUUCUGUGCUUCAAAUGUGGCACCUGCAUCUCCAGUCUGUCCAGGCCUGUGUCGACGAGAAGAGUCCAGACUUCAGCUUUCAGAGCCAGCUCAUGGUUCCUAAUCAGAUGGUGAACCCAGACUCCUCCCCCGAGUCGUCUCCCAUCAGGCCUCUGCCUCGCUCGGCCUCCACGGCAAACCUCCAGUCUGCCAGUAAACUCAUCCUCAGCUCCAAGCUGGUCUACAGCAAACGCCUGGACCUGCCGCACGGCGUGGAGGUCACCAGGGCAACUCCAUCUGCAGGUCACUUGAGCUCCUCCUCCAUCUACCCCGUGUGCUUGGCUCCGUACCUGAUCGUCACCACCUGCUCCGACUCCCACGUGCGCUUCUGGCACUGUGCCGUAGAGGGCGCUGACGAGGGCUACGGGGACGAUCAGCAGGACAGCCGCGUGUACCGGUGGGAGCCGUGGGCCUUGAUGAAUGAAGAGGAGGACAACAACAGCGCCGUCUCUGUCUCUGGACGUCCCGUAGCCGUGUCCUGCUCCUAUAUCGGCAGGCUGGCUGUGGCUUUUAAACAGCAGAGACAAACACAGUUUAACAGUGCACAGGACUUCUCGAUGCAUGUGUCCAUUUACGAGUGUGAGUCGACCGGCGGCUCGGAGUGGGUCCUGGAGCAGACCAUUCACCUGGACGACUUCACCAGACCCACCUCCACACUGGACCCCCGAGUCAGCGUGGACUCCAACCUCUUUGUCUACAGCAGGUCUGAUCUUUACAUGAGCAGAGACCACACCUCUCCCAACAUCAAGCACUACGUCCACUUAGACUGGCUCUCCAAAGAGGACGGCUCCCACAUCCUAACCGUGGGCGUCGGCUCCAACAUCCUCAUGUACGGGCGAAUCUCCGGCAUGGUCAACGAACAGACCAGCAGCAAAGAUGGAGUCGCAGUUAUCACCCUUCCUCUAGGGGGCAGCAUAAAACAGGGCAUUCGUUCGCGGUGGAUUCUAUUACGUUCCAUAGACUUAUUAUCUUCGGUAGAUGGGACCCCUUCGCUGCCUGUGUCCCUGUCUUGGGUUCGGGACGGUAUUUUGGUUGUGGGAAUGGACUGCGAGAUGCACGUGUAUGCCCAAUGGCGGCAGGACGCUAAACCGGGCGAUGGCGAGGAGGGUAACCUGUCGUCGGCGGAUAUUUCGGGAGGGCAGAAUCCGGUUUUUGAAGGGAGAGCGCGGUCGAAAAGCGUGUUUGAGAGCAGUGCUGCUGUAGACGAGGCCCUCAGAGCUCCGGCCGGUCUACAGGAAGGGGGGCUGUUUGAGGCGGCCCACUGUCUGUCUCCCACCCUGCCCCAGUACCACCCCACACAGCUGCUCGAGCUCAUGGACCUGGGCAAAGUGCGGCGCGCCAAGGCCAUUCUUGCUCACCUGGUGAAGUGCAUUGCGGGCGAGGUUGCCGUGGUGAGGGACGUGGAGGCGGGGGAGGGCGGGUCCAGGCGCCAUCUGUCCCGCACCAUCAGCGUCACGGGGAGCACAGCCAAAGACACCAUCGUCGCCGGGCGAGAUGGAGGAAGAGACUACACCGAGAUCAACUCCAUCCCCCCUCUGCCCCUGUACUCGCUGCUGCUGGCCGACCAGGACACGGCCUACAAGGGACCGGAGGAGGUGGCGAAGGGGGCGAAGGGGGCAGAUGGAGAGGUGGCGCAGAAGUCCGCAGAGGAUCAGUAUGCAGAUCUUUUCCAGAUGCCCACAGUCACUACAGACGACUUUGUGAACUUUGCCACCGACAAACCAGAAAAGAAAUCCAGAGUGAUCAACCUCUCCCAGUACGGCCCGUCCUACUUUGGACCAGAGCAUGCUCAGGUUCUGUCCAGUCACCUCAUGCACUCCAGUCUUCCUGGUUUGACGCGUCUGGAGCAGAUGUUUUUAGUGGCUUUGGCCGAUACCGUGGCAACAACCAGCGCUGAGGUCACCAGCUCCAAUGACAAACAAUACACAGGUGGAGAGGCUUUGGAUGAGUGUGGACUCAGAUAUCUGCUGGCCAUGCGUCUUCACACAUGUUUGCUCACGUCUCUGCCUCCUCUGUACCGCAUGCAGCUCCUCCACCAGGGUUUGUCGACGUGUCACUUUGCCUGGGCGUUCCACUCGGAGGCGGAGGAGGAGCUGUUGAACAUGAUCCCGGCCAUGCAGAGAGGGGACCCCCAGUGGUCCGAGCUCAGGGCUGUGGGCGUGGGCUGGUGGAUACGCAACAUCAACACGCUGCGCAAAAUGGUGGAGAAGUUGGGUAAAGCCGCCUUCCAGAGAAACAAUGACCCUCUAGAUGCUGCGCUCUUUUAUUUAGCCAUUAAGAAAAAGGCCGUUCUGUGGGGACUCUUCAGGUCACAACACGAUGAAAAGAUGACUCAGUUUUUUAAGAAUAACUUCACUGAGGAUCGUUGGAGGAAGGCGGCUCUGAAAAAUGCCUUCUCACUUUUGGGCAAACAACGAUUCGAACAGUCGGCUGCGUUCUUUCUGCUGGCGGGGUCACUCAAAGAUGCUAUUGAGGUGUUGAUGGAGAAAAUGGAGGACAUCCAGUUGGCCAUGAUCGUAGCCCGGCUGUACGAGGCCGACUACGAGAAGUCCCCCACCUGCCAGGGCCUUUUGUACGAGAAGGUUUUGGGUUGUAACAGAGACGGGACGGGGUACCACUGCUCCCGCCUCCACCCAGACCCCUUCCUCCGCAGCAUCGCCUACUGGAUCAUGAAGGACUACACCCUCGCUCUGGACACUCUGCUGGAGAGGAUUCCCAAAGAGGACGACGAGAAUCCAGAUGCCAUGGUGAAGUCCUGUAACCCGGUCGUCUUCAGCUUCUACAACUACCUGAGGACCCACCCUCUGAUAAUCCGGCGUCACUUUGCAGAAGGCGCUGGUCAGACCACCGUGAGCCUCACUGCGGAGAAGAACAGCGCCGACGAGAUCAACCUCAUCGAACGCAAGCUGUUCUUCACUACGGCCAACGCACACUUUAAGGUGGGCUGUCCCGUUCUAGCCCUUGAAGUCCUCUCCAAAAUCCCCAAAGUCACAGUUAAGAAAUCGGGUUCGUCUCCUCUGAGCGCAGCCUCUUCAAAGGCCACCCUGAACUCCAGCCAGCCCCUGGAGAACGGGACGCCCGGAGGAGGCCUGGAGUGGGGGGCUCCCGCUGCUCCUGCCUGGGGAGGGAACGACAGCUCGGCCGGGAUGGACUGGAGCCAGCCUGUGGUCAAAGCAGAGGAGGAGCUGCAGCUGGACUGGGGGGAUGACAAGGAUGAAGAUGAGGAUGAGGAGGAGGAGGAUGGAGGUUUGGCGAUGAAGAAACCAGAGGAAAACAAGACUUCUAAUAGUGGUCCUAAACUGCAGAGGGAGGACUCACAGGGUGAGUCCGAGGUGGAUGUGAUCGCGGAGCAGUUGAAGUUCAGAGCCUGUUUGAAGAUCCUGAUGACGGAGCUGAGGACGCUGGCCACGGGGUUUGAGGUGGACGGGGGGAAGCUCAGGUUCCAGCUGUACCACUGGCUCGAGAAGGAGAUCGCCGCCAUGCACACCAUCUGUAACUACAAGGUGGAGGGUAAGGAGGAGGAGGAAUCUGAGCGUUGGGGAGAGCGUACUGGAUCCAUCGACAUCUCAGACGACGUUUUCGAGCGCUCUGACACAGGGCCUUAUGAACGCCACCAAAUGGAGCGGAGGCGUCUGCAGGCAAAGCAGCACCACUCGGAGAGACGGAAGGCCUGGCUGAGGAAGAACCAGGCUCUGCUCCGAGUGUUCCUGUCCUACUGCAGUUUGCACGGCGCCAAAGGGGGCGGAGUCACGUCUGUGCGCAUGGAGCUGCUGUUUCUGCUGCAGGAGAGUCAGCAGGAGACGACGGUGAAGCAGCUCCAGUCUCCUCUGCCUCUGCCCACCACGCUGCCUCUGCUCUCCGCCUGCAUCGCUCCCACAAAAACCGUCAUCGCCAACCCUGUCCUCCAUCUUAGCAACCACAUCCAGGACAUCCUGCACACCGUCACACACAUGAAGACUCCCCCACACCCCAACAUCUUAGAGGACCGGGUUUCCGCCCUGCACACAUUAGCCGCCUCCCUGUCCGCCUGCAUCUACCAGGCCUUGUGUGACAGCCACAGUUACAGCAGCCAGACAGAAGCCAACCAGUUCACGGGGAUGGUGUACCAAGGUCUGCUGCUGAGCGAGAGGAAGAGGCUCCGAACGGAAAGCAUCGAAGAACAUAUCACUCCAAACUCCGCUCCGGCACAGUGGCCAGGUGUGUCUUCCCUCAUCUCUUUGCUAACGUCAGCUCGCGAGGAGGACCAGCCGCGCCUCAACGUUCUUCUCUGUGAGGCGGUGGUGGCCGUGUACCUGGCUCUGCUCAUUCACGGUUUGGGCACGCACAACUGUAACGAACUGUUCCGGCUCGGAGCGCACCCCCUUAACAACCGCAUGUGGGCCGCCGUGUUCGGGGGCGGGGCCAAAGUCAUCAUCAAACCAAAGAGGCCUGAAGCUCCGCCAGUGUCGGCAGAGGUUGAGACAGAGGAGAAACAGGAGAAUGCACCCAGCAGCACCCCGACUCACCCUAUCCCCCCUCCCUCCCCCUCUGAGCGCCCCAAAAGACCUCCCCCUCCCGUUUUGAGGGUCGAGGGGGCGAGCUCUGUGGCGCCACCUAGAACCAGCAUGGUCCCUCAGCCCGCAGAGGACGCAGACAGGUACAGGAGGAGGUUCAACAUGAGGAUGCUGGUACCAGGACGACCCGUGAAAGAGACGCCGGCCACGCCUCCUCCGGUGCCCGCCGAGAGACCCGCCUACAGGGAGAAGUUUAUCCCCCCAGAGCUCAGCAUGUGGGACUACUUUGUGGCAAAACCAUUCCUGCCGCUCUCUGACUCCAACGCUCUGUACGACUCUGACGAAAGCGGAGCUGACGACGACGAAGACGACGACGACGCUUUUCUGUCGGACACUCAGAUGACGGAACACCUCGACCCCAACUCGUACAGCUGGGCUCUGAUCCGCCUGGUGAUGAUCAAACUCGCUUAUCACAACGUCAAGAACUUCCUUCCUCUGGCUGGCCUUGAAUUCACAGAUUUGCCGGUAUCGUCUCCGCUGUGUAACGCCGUGCUGAAGACCCUAGAAAACUGGGAGCAGUAUCUUUUGGAGCAGAUAAACAAGUUUGACGGUCCGCCUCCGAAUUACAUCAACACCUACCCCACGGACCUGAGCGCCGGAGGGGGGCCCGCCAUCCUCAGGCACAAAGCCAUGCUGGAGCCAGACAACACGCCAUUCAAGACAAAGAACCACCAGUCAUUCCCGGCUCGGCGUCUGUGGCACUUCCUGGUCAAACAGGACGUCCUCCAGGAAACAUUGAUCCGAUACAUUUUCACUAAAAAGAGGAAGCAAAGUGAGUCUGUAGAUUUGGACCAUGUAAAAGCCAACUGCAUAGCUGGAGCUAGCAGUCCCAAAAAGGUGGAGGCUGAUCUGGGUUAUCCCGGAGGCAAGGCUAAAAUCAUCCACAAGGAGUCGGACAUCAUCAUGGCAUUCGCUAUAAAUAAGGCCAACUCUAAUGAGAUCGUUCUGGCCUCCACCCACGACGUGCAGGAGGUAGACGUGUCCACUCUUGUGUCUGUCCAGCCCUUCACCUGGAUCGGAGAAGACUUCGACAAAGAGUCACGCAGCUCAGACGACGUGGACUGCCGCUCGUCCCAAACAAACAUCGCUCACACCAGCUCCGUGCCCUUCGCUCCUGCCCAGAUGCCUGUCUCUGCCUCCAUGCCCUGGCUCGGCAGUGGGCAGACCAGCAUGGGAGCCAGCGUGAUCAUGAAGCGAAACCUGAACAACGUGAAGAGAAUGACGUCCCAUCCCAUUUAUCAGUAUUAUCUGACUGGAGCUCAGGACGGCAGCGUUCGCAUGUUUGAGUGGAACAGACCUCAGCAGCUCAUCUGCUUCAGACAGGCCGGAAAUGCUCGGGUCACUCGCCUUUACUUCAACUCACAGGGGAACAAGUGUGGAGUUGCCGAUGGGGAAGGUUUCCUCAGUCUGUGGCAGGUGAACCAGACGUCAUCGAACCCUAAACCAUAUCUGAGCUGGCAGUGUCACACAAAAACCUGCGGAGACUUUGCCUUCAUCACAUCGUCCAGUCUCAUCGCCACAGCGGGACAGUCCAACGAUUGCCGAAACGUCUGCCUUUGGGACACCCUCAUUUCUCCAAGCAAUACUAUGGUCCAUGCGUUCCCGUGUCAUGAAAACGGCGCCACGGUGCUGCAGUACGCCUCCAAACAGCAGCUGCUCAUCACUGGCGGCAGGAAAGGCUUCGUGUGUGUGUUUGACAUCAGACAGAGGCAGCUCCUGCACACGUUUCAGGCUCACGACUCUGCCAUCAAAGCUCUGGCCCUGGACCCCUUUGAGGACUUCUUUGUGACCGGAUCAGCCGAGGGAAACAUGAAGGUGUGGAAGCUGGCGGGCCACGGCCUGAUGCACUCCUUCAGCACGGAGCACGCCAAGCAGUCCCUGUUCAGGAACAUCGGCGCCGGGGUCAUGCAGGUGGAGAGUCGCCCCGGCAACCGCAUCUUCACCUGCGGAGCGGACGGCACCCUCAAGAUGAGAGUCCUGCCCGACCGCUACAACCUCCCCAACAACCUCGUGGACGCUCUUUAACGACGAAGAGGGAAGACGGGGCUAAACGAGCUUACAUUCGCUAGGCAUUAAAACAAAACAGGGAACGAGCCCGUCAAAGUUUACGCGUCUGACGGCUUAGCUGCAGUGUCGUUCGAAAAAAGGGUUUACGCUAAAAUAGUAAACGAGGCGAAACGAUAGAUAAACAAAGCUGCAAUGUUCGUUUGUUUGUUCCCCCCCCCCCCCCCCAAAGGCUCACAACAAGCAACGUCACAAGCAAAAGGUACCAUACUUGAUUUAAAAAAAACGCUUAGGUUAUUGUAAUUUUAUGGAGACGUUUAAUCUCUGAUCUCUAGAGUGUGUUUAUAGAGAAGCUAUGCAUGUCCUGUUCUCGUUACGCAAUCACAGGUCUGUUGAUAGUGCUCUGUAAAAGUGCUCAAGCAAAAAUUUUAAAAACGUGAAUCUUUGUCGUCAUUUCGUGCCCACAGCCGAACUCUCUUUAGCAUCUACUGUAACCAGCACUGUGGUUUGUUAUUCAGUCAGUGGUUUCCAGUGUGAAUCAAGUUGUUGGAAGAUUUUUAUUUACCUUUUUAAUCGUUUUUUGGACCCCCCUUUCUUCCUUCCUCUUCCCAGCUUAUGGAACGAGUUCAUGGUGCAUUGCUCCCCUAGUGGCAACCCGUAGUCUAACACCGCAUAAGGAGACCAAGUUCACGCUGUUUAGGGUUUGGUUCACGAUGAGAAAAAGACGCGGUAUUUGGUAAUUAUGUUUUGUAUCGCGGUGUUUUAAUAUAUGUUUUAACACAAUACGUUUAUUUAAAUUAAAAUUGGGUCAAAAUUAAAAAAAUACUAAACGAAGACCAACCUAAGUCUGAGGUAGAAAGUCAUUCAUAGAGAUUCAAGAGUCGAGAUUUUUAUUGUAAGUGUCAUAGAAUACGACUAAAUUAUGUUCAGAGCAUCAAACACGGCAGAGUUUUGAUGUAAAGUGCAAUACUAAACAUGCAACACCUCAUCCCAUAAUAAAUAACUCCAUGAGAACAUUAGCACAAUAACGACGUCACUGCAGCACAUGGAAAGUCAGAUUUUUGCUCCAUUUUACUUCCCAAACAGAGUCCGCUUCUGUAAAAUGGACAACUUUGUGUCUUGUAUUUAUGUUCUUGUGAUACCGAUUAUUGCGUUAUCGAUAUCCCUCGUCCACAGUCCCGGUCUGAGUCCUGGUUUAGAUCUUGGUCUCUCUUAUGUCCUUAGGUCCAUUUCGUCGUGCGCACUUUGCCUGCCUCACUGCCUGUUUGGACGACCCUGUGUUUGAAGUAUGUGAUAUGUGUCCCCCACGUCUCGUCUGCUGCUGAAUCCCCCCCUCCCUCACUCUCCUCACUCUCGCAGAAACACAAAAAUCACCCGGUUUGCACAAAAAUCUUGAAUUAUUUAUGUGUUUUUUUUAUUUAUUUAUAUGUUGUGUUGACGAUUCCUGUGUAAAAAAUCUAUUUAUCUUAAUAAUGCCUUUUAUUUUAGGAAUGUAAGGCUUUUAUUUUGAAAGAUGACGUGCUGUUUCUAUUGUUUUACGUGUGUUCUCCCUGUAGUUAAGCCUGUCACGAUAAUCACUAUGUCAACUUUCUACACAUGAAAGCUGGAACAUUACAUUUUUGGGGUAAAUAUUUAUCAUUUCUUUACACUACUGGGGCAUUUUUGGUUAUUUUUGCCUCUAUGAUAACGAUUUAAGCUGUAAACUUUGAAUUAAUAACAUCUAUGGCUCAUUAUAGAUGCAAACUAACGACUGAAGUGUUUCAUUCUGCUGUUUAUUUAUUGCAACUCGUGAUUUUUUUAUCGUUUAUCGUCUACUUCAAAAUGUGUUAUCGUGACAGGCCUGGACGUAGUUGUUUUUACCGUUUUCAUUGAUAAAAGGAAUUAAUACUUGCACUCAAAUUCUGGAGACACUAAAGUUUUAUUUCCAAUAGAAAUACUAUCUACAAAUGAAUGUCUGGCAUCAUUUGGCCUGGUACAACGUUUCAAAUAGUUUUAUUAUAGAAAUGGUAUAAAUAUAAAUAUAUAUAUAUGAACUACCACGAUAGCUUGUACAAACAUAAAGCGUUUGUUUAUUUUUGGGUUGUAUCAUACCAGCUGGGUUAGUUGUACUGUAUGUAGUAUUUAUUCUUGAAAGAAUUGUGUUUUCUGCCAUGUUUCUGCCCACUACCUGUACUGUGUGUGUCUUAGAUGUUUAUUCACGGUUUGAGUGAGACAAAAUGGAGGAAGCCAAAAGUGAAACGUUCUAAAAAGGGCACAAGUCUGACGUGUGUGAAGUUUGUGGCUAGAGUUUAUCUCAAAGAUGAAUAAAAGCAUUUUAUUUCAUCAGAUCAACUUGGGUUUUAUUUCUUUACAAAGCCUCAAAAAGUGUGUACGGUGUGUUUGAAAUGUAAAGGGUCACACUUCACAGCACAGUAACAAUGACACAGGAUUAUGAGGAGGACCGCAGAGUGACUGGGUUUACAAAACAUCACUGCACGUUCUGCCUUGUUUCUAUGUUAUUACCAACAAAGUGCUAUGUUUUGUAUUUAUUUACAGUUUUAUUGGGUUAGGGCAGUCCUGUUAUAGACCUGGUUUAGUCCUAGAUUCGACCUGGAAUGGUCUUUUUAUAGACCUGGUUUAGUCUUAGAUUAGACCUAGAAUAGUCCUGUUAUAGACCAGUUACAGACCUGGUUUAAACCUAGAUUUGACCUGGAAUAGUCUGGUUAUAGACCUGUUAUAGACCUGGUUUAGUCCUGGAUUAGACCUAGAAUAGUCCUGUUAUAGACCUG